ACGCAGCCCAUCACAGCCUUUAGAGAUCUACCACGUGACUUUUGCACGGUGCAUUUUAAUGAAUGAGCCGAUGAAAGUUUAACUAAUGUCACUUGACUGUCAGGGUUGAGUGUUUUUGAAGUGUUGUGUCCAAGGAGUGUCGGCAGAGAGCAGCAAGGGCUCCCUCUGUGUCUGCCUCAUGUGAUGCUGAUCUGUCACAGUGGUUGACCAGGACUGGCAAACUGGGGCACAUCUUGGGAUUGGUGACAUGUCUCUGUACCGAAAUGCCAUCUGGUUUUGGAAUGGGAUCCACCAAUAUACAAGUGUAAAAGUUUAUUCGACAAAAUAUAUAAAGGUCAGAUGGGAGAAGGAAGGAGACUUGACGAUGAGAGAUGAAGAAUGGCAAGAUAUCUGUGUAUUUCAACAGACUAUAUCCCCCCAAAGUAAAAGGAAGGGAUAUGAGGCAGCAUGUAAAGGCUUUGAGCCCAAAGACCUGGACGUGUCAGUUGUGGGACGGUCUUUUAUGAUCACUGGAGCCAACAGUGGGAUCGGCAGGGCCACAGCCAUGGCUAUAGCCAAGAAAGGUGGGACCGUCCACAUGGUGUGUAGGAACAGGGACAAAGCAGAAGAGGCCAGGUCGGAUAUUGUCAAUAAGUCUGGGAACAUGGAGGUGUACAUCCAUGUUGUGGACAUGUCGGAGACACGCAAAGUCUGGGAGUUUGCAGAGGCCUUCAGGAAGCAGCAUUCAUCCUUGAAUGUGCUGAUAAAUAAUGCAGGGUGUAUGGUGCACAAGAGAGAGCUGAAUGCUGAGGGCCUGGAGAGGAACUUUGCUACCAACACUAUGGGGGUGUACAUCCUCACCCAGAGUCUGAUACCACUUAUACAGAAGAGCCGGGAUCCAAGGGUGAUCACUGUGUCCUCGGGCGGCAUGCUGGUCCAGAAACUCCUAGUCGAUGACUUGCAGUCAGAGAAGGGCAGCUUUGAUGGUGUCAUGGUCUACGCCCAGAACAAGAGGCAGCAGGUGGUGCUGACACAACAGUGGGCCAAAGCCAACCCAGUCAUUCACUUCUCUGUGAUGCAUCCAGGCUGGGUCGAUACACCAGCUGUCUCCACAUCAAUGCCUCAGUUCCACCACAUGAUGGGUGACAGGCUGCGUGGCGUAGAGCAAGGAGCUGACACCGUCGUGUGGUUGGCCUUGUCUAGAGCUGCUACCAGAACACGCAGCGGGCAGUUCUUUCAAGAUCGUAAACCUGUUCCUGUCCACCUGCCUCUGGCCUGGACUCACAGUUCUGCUGAAGAGAUCCAGAGUUUCAUGACUCAGCUGGAAACUUUGGCCAGAGCCGUUCAGUCACAGCCUGACGUAGAGCUUAACGGUCCCUCCAGACCUCAGUUUGUCUGAAAGCUGAUUCAAAUGUUAAACCAUACGUAACCCAUUAAAGCAUUAAUUACAAUAACAUCAACUCCUGGAAAACAAACCACAGUUGUCAUGCUUAGUCUUGUUUGCCUAAUUUCUACACAGCCAUAUUUUCAGGAUGGCUCAUAGCUCAGUGAUGACAUUUGUGAUGUCAUCAUGUGGUAAUGUCUGCAUGGGAUAUGUCAGGCUCUAUUGAUUUAAAGACGAAGGUCAUUGAUUUAGACUGAAUAUCUCAUUAGCAGUUACUGAACACAAAACAUGCCUGUCUAUUAUCUAGAUCAGUGGCUCCAAAACUUAUUCCUUCAGGGAGACCUUUUCUAUCACUGAGUAAACUGACCUCUCACUAUAUUAAAGAUAUUUCACAUUAUAUUCACUGUAACAAUAACAGCACAGAACAACUGAUAAACUGUACAAUUACCUUAAAUAGUGAACGCAAUACCUACAGGAAGAACUUUGGGCUGAUCAUUUCCUGUGAAUAUUGCAUCAGAAAAUGAGUUUUCAUGUUUUGUUUUGGGAACUUUUUGCACAGUUCUUUUUCUGUAAUAUGUAUUUUAAUUUUUUUUAACAACGAUACAUACAUAAGGCUUUAUUUAUGGAGAAAUUCAGGGGUUUCUUCCAUAAUGUGGGACGAAGAUGUGUGAAUAUAGCUUGCAUUCGGGUCUUCAGUGCACCCUUUUCCUGUGAGAUCUUUUUGAGUUUGUAGCUUGAAUAAUAAUCUAAACUUUAAAAAAUGUCAAUUUCUUUCAGUUUUCUUCAAAGAAAUGAAUGACGUGCUAAGAUACGGGCAUACUGUGUGGUUUAACACAGUGGUUCCCAAACGGUGGGUCACAGGUUAAUUCUGAAUGGAUCCGCAAGUGACUCUGAAACAUGUCAAGUUUGUGAAAAACACUUUAUUUUCAAGUACAGUGAAUUUCUGGCACAGAGCUUUUAUUUUGAAGUGCUGUUUCCUGCUGUAGAGUGAGUGACGAACAGCAAACUAGCUCAACGACAUGGCCAAAUGCAAGUGUGACAUUAACUGUAAUAAACUGUGGACUUGAACUAAUGACUAAGAGGAAAUCUGGACCCUGGGGCUGGACCAGUUGGGAACCACUGGUUUUAAACAAGUUUUCUAAUAACCCUUAAAAUCAGGAAGGCUUCGAAACACCCCGUGAAGCUUUGGUGACCCCUAGUGGACGCUGGGAUCCCAGGUUUCAAGCCAGUGAUAUGGAUCAGUGGCUCUCAAUCAUUCUCAAAAGUGACACACAUUAGGUCACAGAAUCCUGUGUGACCUCCAUCUGAAAAGAUUUUGGUCGUCAGAUAUGAUUAAAACCUGAAUUCUGUAGUUUUCAAAGAUAGUUGAGGAGAUAAGCAUGCACAAAGUGAGUCCUGUGAUCAGACUUGUCACUGAUAUGACUCUUACUUAUACCAGUCUCACUUUCAUAGUGUAUUAAAUAGUGAAAAUAAACUGUUAACUAUUUUUCUGGGGACACUCAGAACUCCCCAAGAGGACCCCUGAUUGAGAACCACCGAUCUAGAUAAUGCUCCCCUUUGAAGUUAGUAAAUAAUUGCAGUGUUAAUAAUGGGACAUUUAAAGCCCAGUCUGAUGGAUGUAAUGUGGCAUCAGUCAUCUGCUCCUGUUCAGAUUUCUCAGUCCUCACAAGGAGCCGAUUUGGGCUCAAAAUAUUGCGUAUUUCUUUGUAUAACAAACUGGAGCAGAUACCACUGC